UAACAUGUUUAGUUUCGAAACGUGUUCAGGAAGCGAAGUCGUAACAUAAAACGUGCGACUACUACAGUAAAAAGAACAGAAGCUUUGAGAGCACAAAAGUAAAGGGGGAAUUGUAAUAUAUCCAAAUGCAAUAUUGAAACAAGAAAAACUCAUCAUAAACACUCAUCAGAAUGUUUUGCGACCAGGAUCAGAAAAAAGGAUAGAGGAAAAACGCCUUAUUUUGCUGACAGGGCGGCAAGAAAGGAACGUCACCUCAACGAGGUUAACCCCCUGCUAAUAAAAGCACGCGAUUCUAAAGCGAAGCAGACUAAACAGGAGAUUGAGUAACAAGACCAAGAAAAGGAUCGCAGCUGUUUCAUAAAGAACUCGUUUUUACUUGUCCUUAAAUGCUAAAGUAACAUAUAAUCGAGGACACGGAAAGGUGGCACAAUGCAGAGAUUACAAAUGUGUCCGCCUUAUUUGCAAGGAAACGUAACUGAAGUACUUCAAAGUCUUCAUGACCCGAACAUAGUCCUUGCCACUCUCAACAGCAUACUCUCCGUACCGACCGCCUUUAUAAACGCUCUAGUUAUAGCCGCGAUCCUCACAACGCCACGACUGCGGACGCCAUCUUUUUACUUGCUCACAAACCUCGCCGUGUCGGACUGCCUGGUGGGACUUAUUGCUCAGCCGGCACUAGUAGCAUUCCGGGUAGCCGAGGUAAACGAAAACAGGGAGCUCAGCUGCAAACUCAGUAAUCUUUCUAUUGCUCUAAUAGCUUGCCUUUCCGUGACCAGUCUUAUCACUAUUACGGCUAUUAGUUUGGAUAGGUAUUUCGCGCUCAAAUCAAACAUCAAAUACCGUACAACAGUUACAGUAAAACGCGUCUUGAUUUCCAUCACCUUUAUUUGGAUUUUUUCUAUCAUCUUCGGUGUUUAUUUCACUCUUUUCGGCAAUGUGAAGUCUUUUUCUAUAGCUACGGGAAGUUUUGGAUCAAUAUGCCUUUUUCUUAUCUCUGUCUCGUAUUUCCGCACAUACAGAAUGCUUCAACAUCAUACCAACAAUCAGAUUCAAUCACAUGAAUCGGAAACUGCGUCUAAUAAGGCUUACCGAAGGGAAAUACGGAGAUACAGAAAGACAUUAAAUCUAAUGGUCUGGAUUGUAUCUUUGCUGUUUAUUUGCUGUACGCCUUAUAUCGUAAUGUCAGCGGUUGUCAUGGUUUUCGGGUAUGAUGUCAGCCACGUAGUUACAGCCGCUUUCAUAGCUAGUGUUACCGCGGUUCUCUUCAACUCGUUUAUAAAUCCUCUCUUGUAUUUAUUGAAAAUCAGGCAGAUAAGAAAAGCCUGCUACAGGCUGAUAGGAUUAAAAUGAGAAAAUGAGGUUAAAUGUUAAUUAGACAGUUAGCAGCCACGGCUUACGGUAAGGGACAAGAAAGCACACUAAAAGAGGUCUUUGGAGCGAACCGAUUUAUUUUGGCAGUAUUUAACAAAUGGUAAUAACGACGCCAUUUUGUUACAGCAUACACUUCUAUCUCAGAGCUACUGAUCUAAUUUCAAUCAAAUAUCCUUAAUAAAGAAUCGGACUUGAA